AUGGCUGCGCCCGCAACGGCGGCGGCGGGAGGAAGCGCCGCGGCUCCGGAGGAACUCGAGGCAGCGGCCGCCGGCUCCGCGCCGGCGGCGGCGGCGCCUUCGCGUCCGGGGCGGCUGCCGCUGGCUCGCGUGAAGGCGCUGGUGAAGGCCGACCCGGACGUCAGCCUGGCCAGCCAGGAGGCGGUCUUCAUCUUGGCGCGCGCCGCGGAGUUAUUUGUGGAGACCAUCGCCAAGGACGCCUUCGUCCACACCCAGCACGGGAAGAGGAAGACCCUCCAGAGGAAGGACCUGGACAAUGCCAUUGAAGAGCUGGAUGAGUUUGCCUUUCUGGAAGGAACGCUGGACUGACCAGUUUUGAAGACGAAUCCCUGGAAGGAACAAACGUGACUUUCCCGAGGAGACGGAUGCCUCCCUCCGGCCUUCUGCUGAAAACG